GUUCAACCAAUCUUGUCUCUGUCCACUUCCUACAUUUUUCUUUGCGUGUACAACUGAAAUUUCUUCUGCAUGUCUCAAGAUGACUCUGCUGGUGACAAGACUCAACCGAGCGAAGAGAUUAUUACGGCUCUGAACAGCCCAAUCAAGACCGAACCGUCGUUGCAGAGCCUGCCACCGCUAUCCGAAUUCGAUUCCUUGCGCUCCCAAUUGGCAGAAAAACCGCACAGUCCGGCUCUCUGGAAGAGACUUGUCGAAAUUUCUGAGCAAAGUGGUGAAACAGAGAAGAUAAAAAUUGUGUUUGAUUCGUUGCUAAAGCAGUACCCAAACACGUCUGCGGCUCAAAUAUCGUAUAUUAGCCAUUACCUUGACAGUCCCAAGACUUUUGGUGAAGCUGAGGCACUGUUCACGACGUUCUUGAAGCAUUCACCUUCCGUGGACCUAUUUCGAUUUUAUUUGACCUAUGUCAGACGCGUACAUUCCGAUCCCACCAAGCGAGAUCCAGCCAAACGAGAAGUCGUCAGAAAGGCGUACGAAUUUGCGCUGAAUCCACCCCAUGGCGUCGGCCAAGACAAGGACGCAGGCGACAUCUGGCACGAUUAUAUCCAGUUUUUGAGUGAGAGCGAGGCUACGGCAACGACUACCUGGGAUCAACAGCAAAACAUGGAUGCGCUACGCAAGGUCUAUCAUCGUGCUGUUCAAAUACCACUCGACAACGUAGAGAAGCUUUGGCAAGAUCUUGAAGCGUUCGAAAUGAAGUUGAACAAGAUCACCGCAAAAAAGUUCAUGGCCGAUCUUUCACCGGGACAUAUGCAAGCGCGAACAGUGUAUCGGCAGUUGAAUAACUAUGUAUCGACCUUGUAUCCUCCAUCAACGGGCCGCCCAGAACUUUUUUUGCCCUCAUUGCCCUCGUUCGAUCCCGCAGAGCGCUCUACAGUCGGCAAGUGGAAAGCGUAUUUAAAAUGGGAAGAAAGCAACCCCCUUGAAAUCGAAGACAAGGACAAGCCCCUAUUGAUCCUACGCGUACAGACUGUGUAUCGGAAGGCCGUCAUUAGAAUGCGAUACUUUCCUGAAAUUUGGUACAUGGCAUAUACAUGGACCAAGAGCAUUGGCAAGAAUGAAGAAGCAAUGUCCAUCCUCAAGAAUGGGCGAGAAGCAAACCCGCUGAGUUUCCUCCUUACGUUUGCGUAUGCAGAAGCGCUCGAAGUGAACAAGAAGUAUGAUGAGGUCAAGGCCACCUUUGACACUUUCCUCGGGAACUUGAGAGCCGAUCUUGAAGUGGUUGAGCAGCAAGUCAAGACCGCCAAUUCAUCAUUCAGUAGCACCAACGGGGAUGUCCCUGGUGUACAGCCUCCAGCCCACGAAACAGGAAGCCUGUCAAAUAAUUAUUCCUUCAACAGCCAGUCGUCCGAUGAGACCCCUUCAAAACCGAGUGAACUUGCCGAGAAGCGGGCAGAGUACGGCUUAGUGUAUAUUUGUUAUAUGCGUUUCAUGCGACGUACGGAAGGUGUGCAGAAGUCUCGAGGUGUGUUUGGGGCGGCGAGGAAGGAUCGCUGGACGCCUUGGGAAGUAUAUGAGGCGGCAGCGCUCAUGGAGUACCACUGCUCGAACGACAAAAACAUCGCCAGCCGGAUCUUUGAGAAAGGUCUCAGCACCUUUGGCACCGAGAUCCAGUUCGUCAUUCGUUAUCUGGCUUUCCUUAUAUCGAUCAACGACGAGAACAACGCACGAGCGUUAUUUGAGCGGGUCAUCGGUACUUUCCCUCCUGAAAAGGCGCGACCGCUCUGGGAACGCUGGGCUCGAUACGAGUAUCAGUAUGCUGACCUCGAAGCCGCACUCAAGCUCGAAAAAAGAAUGUCUGACGUGUAUCCGAACGAUCCAUCACUGAAGAGGUUUGCACAACGACAUGUCUACCUGGGCGUCGAUGCUAUUGCUGCCCGAGAUCUAGGAGUGGCUAUCGCUAAAAAGAGCACGUCAGCUUUGGGCAGAAGUGAUACGAUCCAGAGUCUGCUGGCCCCGCCUCCCACUCCGGUUGCUGGUGGCACCAAGAGACCUCCAUCCCCCGAACACCGCAAAGCUCGGGAUGAUAGGAGCGGUGACUACGGUCCUUCGCACAAGCGCAUUCGUCCGAAUACUCCGCCACUUCGGCCGUCAGAAAGAGAUCGAUGGGAGAACCCCCGGGAUGGUUCUUCGUCCUCAAGAGGGCGACGAUAUAGCCCGCCCCCGCCUUCGAGCAAAGACCGUGAACGUCCUCCACUGCCGCCGCCACGAAGGCAAGAGAAAGAAAAGGACAGAGAAGAAGAGAAACCGGUCUCCCUCCCUCCUGUGUUAUCGUACUUCCUAGGCUCACUUCCCGCUGCUUCCGACUUUGAUGGACCGGUUUUCCGUACUGAGGACUUGAUGAAUCUUUUCCGAAAUGCUGUUAUUCCGAGCUCGAGUUCGACUAGGACAAGGUCUCCGCCUCCGCCGCCUGUCCCUCCUCGAGGAGGUAAGUUCGGUCCGUGAUCCUGAGUCCCUGUGAGAUGAUGAUGAAGAUAUUUCAGGAGGUCGACCGCCGCCGGAUUAUAGCCCGUACCAGGGACCGGGUGGAGGAUCGAGAGGAGGAAGAAGGUAUUGAUGAUAAAUUGUAACCAG